UAAUAAUCAUUCAGCUGUACGGUGGCUUCUCUCACCGUUGGUUUGGUUUGUUCUUGUACCUGCGUCAUUGGUAGAAAUGGCAUGUUUUCUCAGGUGAGAAUAGCAGCAUAAGCUCGCUCACAGUGUAUAACGUACGCCGUUCCACGCUCGGCUGCCGCUCGCUCAGCCGUCGGUCUGUCCGUUCGUCCGCUAUUUCAGUUUCCGCUGUCGGUUGUUUGUACGAAGUGCCUACCUGUGUGCCUCUCGAGUCGCGUUAAUAAUAUUAUCCACCUUUGUACAAUUCACUCACUAUACCACGACUCAGGUAGCUUUUGAAAGCUUUUAAUAAUAGGACAAUCUGUAAAUGUGCCCGUUUGAAACGUAUGCACGUAAAGUAUUCGAAACUUUGACCGUUGGUAAAAAAGGACCAGCUGGUGUGGCUUUUCACAGGACUUGUUCUGCUCCUCGUGCCAUAAGUUUUUGAAAUAUUAUCGCGGGGUUCUAGUGUGAAUUUUUUUAACGGAUCUUCUUCUUGGUACUUUAAAUGUGUGGAACUUUUGGAUAUCAAUUUAAAUUUCUGGUUAGUACCUUUCUACCCGUUUCAUAAUUACAACUCUGAAAUCUUGACUUAUCGAGGCCUGGAGGAGGCAGCGGUAAGAACUGCAUCACCUACAGUUCGGAAAACACGACGAUGAUGCAUAUCACUGAGGACACUCCACCAGAUAUGCUAGCUGGAGCGAUGGAUCUGAUAGUGCACUUGCCCACUAACAGAUCUGUCAAGAUGUCAGUGGAAAGAAGUACUCCAAUGAUGGACCUGCUCGUCCACAUAACAUCUGCCCAUCAGCUCCAGCUUUCUAACCACAUCAUUCAAGCGCUUGAGAUGGCUCCGUCAUCUGAAAGGAGUGACAAAGUUCUUCCGUACAAACCCAAUACACCAAUAGGUGCUCUGGACACCCAGCACAUAAAAGUGAUCGCAAAAAACAAACCUGUAUCUAUUCCAAAAAAUUUACCACCCGGUUAUCAACCGUUCGAAAGCACGUUUCGGUUGCAAGUUCAUCUGCCCAGAAACCAGUUGUACGUUAUUAGGGUGAGUCAGCACGUCUUCUUGGAGAACAUACUGAAGACCGUGUGUGAUGAGAAGAAUUUGGAUAUGAGAAAAUAUGAGCUACGACAUCCAGGUAAUUGUUUAUUAUUUCCUAAACACCCAGAGAUUUAUAGAAGAAAAUAAAAUUGGUGUUGCUUG